CCCAGGAAAAGGCGGAACCCGCAUAUUUAAACCCUUUCCCUCAAUCAUCGUUCUUAUUUUUCCUGAAAAAAGGGGGAAAUUCUCCCAAUUUUGUUUCCCAUAGAAAGUUCUUCAGUCCAAAAACCUCGAGAAAAAUUUUCUUUUCUCGAUCUAUUCGCCUUAGGGUUAGAGAGAUCUGAGGAGAGAGGAGAGGAAGGAGGAGACUAGAGUAUGGCGCAUAGAGUAGAUCAUGAGUAUGACUAUCUGUUCAAGAUCGUGCUGAUUGGAGACUCUGGUGUGGGAAAAUCUAAUAUCCUUUCCAGGUUUACUAGAAACGAAUUCUGUUUGGAAUCCAAAUCCACUAUUGGUGUCGAGUUCGCCACUAGAACUCUUCAGGUGGAUGGAAAGACAGUAAAGGCACAGAUUUGGGAUACAGCAGGUCAGGAGCGGUACCGAGCUAUUACUAGUGCAUAUUAUAGAGGAGCUGUUGGUGCCCUUCUCGUUUAUGACAUAACCAAGAGGCAAACUUUUGACAAUGUACAAAGGUGGCUGCGUGAAUUGAGGGACCAUGCAGACUCUAACAUUGUCAUUAUGAUGGCCGGAAAUAAGUCUGACUUGAAUCAUCUAAGAGCUGUUGCAGAGGAAGAUGGUCAGAGCUUGGCAGAGAGGGAAGGUCUCUCAUUUCUUGAGACAUCAGCACUGGAAGCAACCAAUAUUGAGAAGGCAUUCCAAACCAUAUUGACGGAGAUCUACCACAUAAUUAGCAAAAAGGCAUUGGCAGCACAGGAAGCAGCUGGCAGUUCUACACUUCCUGGUCAAGGGACCACUAUUAACGUUGCUGAUACCUCGGGGAAUACAAAGAGAGGUUGCUGCUCUACUUAAUGCCAUAUUUGAGGAAGGAAAGCAUUGCUAGCAAGUAGUCUUUUUAUUUUUUUGACAUUUCUUUGAAAAAAGUUUCUUUUUCAAUUUUUGGCUGAGAGAGGGAGACAUGUAGAUUACUCGUCUUUUUACUUGAAUGAGUUUGUGAAAUUGAAACAAAAGUCAGUGCUGUUAGAAUUUCAGGAUGGUCUGUUCUCUCUGUGUUUAUUUCUUGUAUGUUGAUCAAAAGGUGGAACUGACUGAUAGCAGGGAUGUAGAGUGAAAUCAUAGUGGUGCAGAACCAUAAUAGGGCAGCUUUUAGUACUCGUUUUGGUUAUUGUUUGUUGAGCUACUUCCAAACUUGCAAUAAAAGCUUCUUACCCUUGUGACUUGUUUUUUCAAA